AUGGCUCCGUUUGCAGAUAUUUAUGUCGCCGAGGUCGGACCAGCCAACGAGAGGUUGAAGGAUAAGCCCCUGACAGAGGCCUUGAAUUUUGCAAUUGCCCAGGAGGCCAAAAUAGUGGUAAUGGCGUUUGGGUGGGAAAAAGAUGAGAAAAAUCCGCAAUAUCCAGCAUUCGAGCGGUCGCUCGAGAAGAUAGCUAAGGGUUCACUUCCUACACUUCUAUUUGCGGCGGCAUGCAAUGGAGGUGUAGAGCAACGGCGUACUUACCCAGCUAUAGAAAAUUCUGUUUUUGCCAUACACGCUUCUGACCACGAAGGCAAGUUCAGAGGUUACAAUCCGCCCCCGAUUCUCGGUCAGAAGAACUACAUCACUAUUGGCGACGAAGUGCCAGGAUACGACGAAAAUUCCAGGGAGUCUGGGACCUCCUUCGCCACAGUAGUUGCAGCGGCAAUUGCAGCAUCGAUCAUUGAGAUGAUGCGUCGUUAUGGCAGUCAAGACGAUCAGUGGCCUUUGGAAUAUUUACAGACUUACGACGGAAUGAGCAAAGUCUUCCAAAAGAUGUCUAAGCCAAGGGGAGACCUCUACGAUUAUCUGGAUUGGCCGGACCUAUUUUCGCUUCACAAUACAGACGAAGAAAUAUGUGAAGAGAUUACUAGGUGGCUCAAGGACAACAAAACUUGA